AUGUUUACGAAACUUAUGGAGGAAAAUGAAUUGGCUUCCCACCUGCGUUCGUUCUGUAAUCUCGCUAAUGUUGCUUGUUCUACAAAUGCACUAGUGAAGAAGACAACAAACAACACAAUGCUGCCACCAAUAGCCCAAUGGAAUUUUGAGAAAUUAAAAUAUGAUUCUCCAAAUGAAAUGCCCUUAUCGAUUGCCAGCCAAGGGGGGUUGCCAUAUUUCCGGGAGUCAAUGGUGAAAGAGGGAGGUUUUAUACCUGUCCCUGAUCUAAGGGACCCAAUGUCAUAUAAAUCGUUCUUGCCACGACUUCUGGCAUCAAAAUUCCCAUUUUCCUUUGCUAGGAUUGAGGAAUUGAAAAGUCUUUUGGGUUUGAAGGAUGAAUCAAGCAUGGAGGAGUAUAUUGAAGACACUCUCGAGACAUGUGAAAAGAGCCCAAUUCUAGGUGAGCAGCACACCUGUGCAACUUCUGCUGAGGAUCUCAUCGAUUUUGUUGUCGAGAAAUUGGGGCACCAUGUAUGUAUAUGGAGUACUGAGAGUGCCGAAGGAUCCUAUGAGAAUGUCACAAUUGGAGAUGUGAAACUCGUCUAUGGAAACCUCUUAGAACCACCAGCCUUGUGUCAUAGUCUACCGUUCCCAUUUCAAGUAUACUACUGCCAUGUUCUUCAGAAAGUAAAAUUAUAUGCAGUUGAUAUACAUGCUCAAAAGAAAGUGAAUCAUGCGAUCAUGGCUUGCCACUAUGACACAUCAACCUGGAAUCCAAACCAUCUUGCUUUUAAGCUAUUGGGUUUUGGUCCAGGCCUAAUUGAAGUUUGUCAUUGGAUAAACGAGAAUGGAAUGGUCUGGACAAAGGCUCUAGGUUGA